AUGCGUGCUCCUGACUCACAACCCAGCGGACACAGAGGCAGUGAGCCAGGUGGAGACCCUCAAGGCUUGGCGCCCGACCCCCACUCCUCCCCCCGCCCCGCACCGCCCCCCGCCUCCAGCUGCCCUGCGCCUGCGCAGUCAUCAACGGAAGACUGCACAGGUGGGCUCCUGCACACCUGCGUGGGCCUGCAGCACCGACACCGCAGGUACUUCAGGGCGCAGGGGCUCUCGGAGAGCGCUGCCGGCGUCUGGUCCCCGCUGGGAGGCAGGAUGGAGCCUGGGGCGAAGGCUUCUGGGUUGAGCUCCCCUGAGGAUGAGAGCUUUUCUUCCGUGACCAGACGGUCAUCCCUGAGGUGGGCCCUGAAGCACAGCACCCCAGCUGGAGCUGCCCUCAGCUGGCACUCAGGGUUACAGGGUGAUGUCCCCAGCCACCAGGAAAGGGGCCCUGCAGGCAGGUCCCCACGACCUGCACGGUCCUCCUGGGACCUCCUGUCAUCCCCAGGAGGGGUCAGCCUCAUGGCCUCCUUCAGAAAGAGGCGGCUUUCUACCAUCGAGGCCUCUGAAGUGUCCAGUAAGCAGCUUGGAUCCAACUCAGACCCCUUUGCUUUUGAGGAAGACCCGCCCGUGCCAGCCUCAGUCACCCAGCAGCAGCAGCAGGGCAAGUCCCCACCAGCAAGGAGAUCGCCACCAAACUUGGGAUUGCCUGGGAUCCCGGACACCGCCAGGAGGAGGCCUCGGGACCUAAAGAGGCUGGCUGCUGUGACAGAGCGAGUGAGGCAGUGGGAAAUCCACCUGCUUCAGAACAUCGAGGAGGCCACCCAGCAUGAACUCACCAUCGAGGACGACUGAGUGCUCAGCCCUGGGCCCAGGAUGCAGUUGUGCUCAGGAGCUCCUGCCAUGGCCUGACUUACUUAUCUGUCCGUCCAACCAUCUGUAUGUCUGUAGACCUUCCUCAGGACUUGCCCUGGGUCUGACCUUGCUCUCCAUUGUGCCUCUGGAUGGGGUGGCAGGAACUGGCUGAUGAUCUUGUUCCUCAGAUUCCAAACAUGGGGUCUUCAUCUCCAGCAGAGAUGAAGGGAUGUAGUGGGGGCGGGGCAGGUGUGGACAGGGGAGAUGGAUGCCCCAGGGCCACCCUGGAGUACCCGGAGACGAGAUACAUCUUCCCACCCACCCUGCCUCCUUCCCCAGCACAGCCAGGUGAGUCUGAGAUACUAGGAUGACACAGUGUAGGGAACAGGACCAAGUUUAAGGUAAAGACCAGGUUGCUAGGCAGCCCACCCGGUGGACAAGCCUUCACACCUAGCAGGCUUUGAACACCAUUCCAGGAAAGGCCAGAGCAGUGGCUCUCAUUUGGAAGAUAUUCUGACAGUUUGCGGGCACUGGUUUGUUUAGUGUUGUUGGGAGAGGAAUUUAACCCCCUCUAGUAGCAGAGGUCUUCUCCUGUCCUUUUCUAGAGCUGAGCUCUCUGCCUCAUUGCUUAGGAUAAGGAUCCCACCAAAGGGCUGGAGGUAUCUAUGACCCUCAUGCUGUAAGGAAAAUGAAGCAGGGUUCCAGGGGCACUUUGAUCAACACAAACCUCACAUUAGCCUCCCAGGUCCAGAUGUCUCUGAGACUUGUCUGUUAGUGGACACAUUGUGGUUACCAACAUAGAGCUAGUUUUAUUCUUGCAAAUGCUUUCACGCCCCACUUACCUUAAAAAAAUGUUUAUUUUCUGCCUUCUAAAAAACAAAGAUUGCUUAUGUUUUCAGUACCAUCCUGCACACAUCCAGGCCCUCCUCCAGGCCAGUCCUAGGAGACCUGGCUCUUCUCAGGGACACAGAUAAAGCCUAUUGCUAGAGCAGACUCCAACAGGGCACCCUAAACAGAGUCUCAGGCUGGCCGGACAUGACAGGAGACAGGACAUGGCAGGUUCCAGGGGCAGGCACAGUCAAGGAUGGCCUGAGAGAAAGAGGAAAGGCUUACUCUGGAGCUGCUGGGUGGGUGGAGGGCAUUCCAGCUCAGGACGUUGAUUCCUGGAGAAGCCUCCAUUUUAUGCAGAGGUUUUGAAUAAAGAAGGAACAAUGGAAUAUUCCUCAUGAAGUAUUAGAUGCAGUUGGGGGCUGCAAGGAUGAAACAGUUACUUCAAAUGUGAUUUGUGGGUGUUCAUUUAUAUGUGGUAAGAACGAACUUACUGUGUAGCGCAUUUAAACAUUUAAGUUUUGUGAGCUAGUUCUUCCUUUAUAUGGCUAUUCGAUGUGUUCACCUUUUCCUUUUUUAUAGCAAUUAUCAGAUUAUAGAAAUAAGUUUAUACUUUUGUAAAAAUGUAAGAAGCAGAAAAACUGACUUUAAUCAAAUAACAUGGAGAUAAACACUGCAAUGUAAUUCUGCCCACCUUUAUUAUUAAAAAUAAACUGUUUUCAUGAGAA